GUUAAAAUUAAAAUAGUCAUAAAGCUUAUUGACAUACUUUGCAUCGAAGUAGUUCUUAAUAAAUUUAGUAAGUUUUAGCAAAGGGAGAAAAUGAUAACCGUAGAUAACGCGCAGUGCAUUCAACACUCAUUGACUAAGAAAGUUCAAUGGAUGAAAAACUCACAAGAAGAAGAUAAUUCCAACAAUUUUGUCCCUUUGCGCAAAAGCAGGAAGGGCAUACAACUCAACAAUCCAGAAGAGUUUGAUAAAGUUGAAAAAGAGCUGUCAACGAUCACCAGAAUGGCGAUUUUACCCACACAAAAAUGUUGCUUUGAUCAAGUUUCAUUGAAGAAUCGAUGUAAACAACUAACAACAAAGGAAAAUGGCUUUGAGUUAAAAUCAAGCCCAGCUUCUAUAAUUAUCAAUAUUGGAACCUCCAUGCCUUUCCAUCUAAAUUCAAACCUUUUAGCAUACAGUCCUGAGAGAUCUCGUUCAAAGAUGACUGUAAAUACCAAAUUAAUCAAUGAAGAACACGGAGGUAUCGAAAAGAUUAAGCCAUUAGAUAGUGAGCAGCUUUCACCUUGUACAAAGAACGAAGAUUUUGGCGAGGAAAACUACCAAAUUCUAUCUAGUGAAGAGAGAAUACUAGAUUAUGAAAUUCCAAAUAACUUUUAUAGCCUUGACAACGUUACGUACAUCAAGCAGACAGCUUCACUUCCAAAGAUCACACCGUUCAAGUCAUGUUGGAGCUGUAUCUGUUGCAAGCGAAAUGAAAAGGAACAGGUAUACCUUCCUUCUGGAGCGGAGAAAUGGGAUUGGAAGAACAGUCGCGUUGCUUAUCCCGCAUAUACUGCAGGAAAUGCUUACAAUGGUAAUCAGGAACAGGGUUUUAUGAGAGUUGUUCCUUCAAGACUCAGUACCAUCGUAGAAUCACAGUCAUCUUUACAUAGUGCAUGUGUAAAAUGUGAACCUAAAAAAUAACUAAAGUAUAUUAUG